AUGGAUCGAUCCAAAACGUGUCGACUUCUGUUCACAAUCGUGCUGGUGGCGUUGAUCUGCCCAAUUUCAUCGCAACUAGUUCCCAACUGUGCCAGUGCCUUUGGCUGUCUGUCAUUUCCAACAGACACUUCCUGUCCCAAUCCGGACGAGUUUUGGUCUCCAACGGCUGUCCUUGGUGGGUGUUGUCCUGGAUGCGUCCGUGGUCUUCCCUUGGGGUCACCGUGUGGUGAAGCAAUCGUCACCGAAAGUCCGACUGAUCCGGCCACACCCGAUUGUGCUCCUGGACUGGUGUGUGGCUUGGGAAACGUUUGCCGUUUGAAUACGAGCGACUGUUUAUCGACGUACCACGUGUUGGCCGAUACUAUCGGUUGGGUUCCGCAGUGCGAUAGCCGUGGCCAGUUUGCGUCUAAACAAUGCCGCGGGGAUCGUAUCAAUGGACGUUGCUUCUGCUAUUCGACCGUCGGGAAACGCAUUUUCGGCUGGAGCUGGCUUAACCAAGCCCAAAACAUGACGUGCGCUUGCAGCCGACGACGUGCCGAGCUGGAAGCGGAAGGACGAUUCGAUGUUUCGUUGCAUUGCUCGCAAAACGGAAACUACGAGGAGCUGCAGUGCGACCAGAACGUCUGCUGGUGUGCAGAUCCGCGAACCGGUGUGCAACUGCCUGGUACAAGAGCCGUACCGGAGGAUCUGUGGGCUUUGCUGCCGUGCUAUAACGCGACGCUCUACGGUGUGCAGUAUCUGCGACGUUGCGAAAGUGUCGCUUUUUCGCAGAAACUUCAACGCAAGCAAUUUAUUAUCCGUGGCCACACGGACGUAGCGUUCACUAAUACCGUGUGUGAUUACGAUGGCAGCCAGGGCAUGUACACUAUCGAAGGGCAAGAAGCCGCCUGCACGUGGCACGAUGGGACGAAAAUUGAUCCCUAUAAAACAUCCCUCCGUUCGUUGGGUGCUAUGAAUUGCAAUUGCGCACGCGACGAGCGGCUUUACGCGCUGACCGGACGGAAAAUGGAGCUUGCCUGCGAGGCGAACGGAAACUAUGUGCCACUUCAAUCGCGCAAUGGCGAUCUGUUCUGCGUCGAUCCGCACGGGUUCAUCGUUGCGGAGACGGUGCCAUCUGAGCAGACGAACUGUGACCAGUUCAUAUUUGGUGCCAGCUUGUAA